UUUCAUGUAGAAGCAACAUGAACAAACACCUUCUAACGCAUGGAGACAAGAAAUACACUUGUGAAAUCUGUGGACGUAAAUUUUUCAGGGUGGAUGUGUUGAGAGAUCAUAUUCACGUCCAUUUUAAGGACAUAGCCCUAAUGGAUGAUCACCAGAGAGAAGAGUUCAUUGGUAAAAUUGGAAUCUCAUCAGAGGAAAAUGAUGACAACUCUGACGAAAGUGCAGAUUCUGAGCCUCACAAGUAUAGCUGCAAAAGGUGCCAGCUGACUUUUGGCAGAGGGAAGGAGUACCUGAAGCACAUCAUGGAUGUCCACAAGGAGAAGGGCUAUGGCUGUAGUAUCUGCAACAGGCGUUUCGCCUUGAAGGCGACGUACCACGCACACAUGGUCAUCCAUCGGGAGAACCUGCCAGAUCCAAACGUGCAGAAAUACAUCCAUCCAUGUGAAAUCUGUGGAAGGAUUUUUAACAGUAUAGGAAAUCUGGAAAGACAUAAGCUUAUACAUACAGGUGUAAAAAGUCAUGCUUGUGAGCAAUGUGGCAAAUCAUUUGCUAGGAAAGACAUGUUAAAAGAACAUAUGCGAGUCCAUGAUAAUAUCCGAGAAUACUUGUGUGCAGAGUGUGGCAAAGGAAUGAAGACAAAACAUGCUCUUCGUCACCACAUGAAGCUUCACAAAGGGAUUAAAGAAUAUGAGUGCAAGGAAUGUCACCGAAAAUUCGCACAGAAAGUCAAUAUGCUGAAGCACUACAAAAGGCACACGGGAAUCAAAGAUUUCAUGUGUGAGCUCUGUGGCAAGACGUUUAGUGAAAGAAACACGAUGGAGACUCAUAAGCUGAUCCAUACAGGAAAACAGUGGACAUGUUCAGUCUGUGAUAAGAAGUAUGUCACUGAUUACAUGCUGCAGAAGCACAUCCAGCUCACCCAUGAUAAGGUGGAAGCCCAGAGCUGUCAGCUGUGUGGGACAAAGGUUUCUACCAGAGCAUCCAUGAGUCGACACAUGAGGCGUAAACAUCCCGAGAUUCUUUCAGUGAGGAUUGAUGAUUUGGAGCAGCUGCCAGAGACAACUACCAUUGAUGCCUCUUCAAUUGGGAUUGUUCAGCCGGAACUAGCCUUGGAACAAGGUGAAUUACCAGAAGGGAAACAGCAUAUAAAAGCUCCUAAACGUGGCCAGAAACGAAAACAAAAGUCAGGUGAGGAGGAGGAAGCUCAAGUGCCUGAGGACCCUGCCUUCAGUGAAUACACAGAGAAGGAAGGUGAAUUCACAGGGAAUGUUGGCGAUGAGACCAAUUCAGCUGUGCAGAGCAUCCAGCAGGUGGUGGUGACCCUUGGUGACCCAAACGUCACAGCCCCUUCCAGUUCUGUUGGGCUGACAAAUAUCACUGUUACCCCCAUUACAACAGCAGCUGGAACCCAGUUCACAAACCUGCAGCCCGUGGCUGUUGGCCAUCUGACUGCCCCUGAGCGGCAGUUACAGCUGGACAACUCCAUUCUCACCGUGACGUUCGACACCGUCAGUGGUUCUGCCAUGCUGCACAACCGCCAGAAUGACAUUCAGAUCCAGCCACAGCCUGAGGCAGCCAACCCCCAGUCCGUGGCCCAUUUCAUAAACCUGACCACCUUGGUGAACUCCAUUGCUCCUCUGGGCAACCAGAUAACAGAACAGCAUCCGCUGACGUGGAGGUCAGUGCCUCAGACUGAUGUCCUGCAGCCCCAGGCACAGGCGACGCAACAGCAAUCGGGACAGCAACCUGUUCAAACAGAGCAACAGCAGCAGAUGUACAGCUACUAAUUUAUACUUUGGAAAGUUUUCAAAUGGACAGUACUUAGAGACAAAAACACACAGACCUUUGGAAAGUUUCUAAUAGGAUUGUUUGCUGGAUACCAAACAGAUGGGAAAAU